CGCACAUACUGUGAGUCAUAUAGGGCAGCUCCCGCCUGGUGUUUACUCUGCUGCUACACCGAGCUGUGAAGUCGCCUUUUGGAGGAGCAACAGGCGGCUGGACCCCAGAGACACUCGGAUAUUUAACUCCUCUGUCCAGGCGCAAUUAAUGAAAAGGAAAGGGGGUGUGCGGUCCGGUUCGACAUGGAGCUGCUUCGGUUUCCCGUUUUCUGCUGCGGAGCGGUCCUGUUCGGUAUCGUGCUUCUGCCGGUGGAGACGAAUUCCUCCAUGAUCCAUAUAAGACAGCUGUGCAAGUUUUGUGAUUUGCGGGCCACCAACUGUCCCGGUAAGGGAAUCUGCAAGGUGGAUUGUGACAUUACCUCCAUCUGCCCUGAUGAUAACGACGUGUGCGUCAGCAUCUGGCGGAAGAAAGACGACAAUAUUACAUUUGAAACAGUUUGUCACAAUCCAGCUAAUCCCCUGUAUGGCCUGUACCUGGACGAUUACAACAACACAAAGUGCAUUAUGAAAGAGAAAAAGGGCAAAGAUGCAAAGUUUUUCAUCUGUUCCUGUUCCAACGAGGAGGAGUGCAAUGAUAACAUCAUUUUUAACCCAAAUUCUCAGGUUGGGCCUGUCAUCCUGGUCAGCCUGGUGCCUCUUCUGGUCAUAGCCAUUUUUGUCAUCACUUCGUUCUACUGUUACCGGGUCUGUAGUCAACAGGGAAACCCACGCAAGAAGGGCAAGCCGCUGGACAACACCGACAAGCACCCCAUCAUAGACAACGAGGGUUCAGACAGCAGCUCCACGCACGCCAACAACCUGAACCACAACACCGAGCUCCUGCCCAUCGAGCUGGACGUUCUGGUCGGUAAGGGCCGCUUUGCCGAGGUCUACAAAGCCAAGCUGAAGCAAGGCUCGUCGGUCCGGGAGGAGCACGGCUUUGAAACGGUGGCAGUCAAGAUCUUCCAGUUCGAGGAGUACGCCUCCUGGAAGAACGAGAAGGACAUUUUCUCAGACGCGGACCUGAGGCAUGAAAACGUGCUUCACUUCCUGACAGCAGAGGAGAGGAAGGGGCAGAGGCAGUACUGGCUGAUCACGGCUUACCACCCCCUGGGGAACCUCCAAGAGUACCUAACCAAUCACAUCAUCUCCUGGCACGACUUGUGGCUGCUGGGGAGCUCGCUGGCCCGUGUCGUGGCACACCUGCACAGUGACCGCACGUCCUGCGGCCGCUGCAAGGUCCCCAUCGCUCACAGGGACAUUAAAAGCUCAAAUAUACUCGUGAAAAAAGACAUGACCUGCUGCCUGUGUGACUUUGGCCUCGCGCUUCGACUGGAUAACUCUCUGUCUGUGGACGAGCUGGCCAACAGCGGACAGGUGGGCACGGCCAGAUACAUGGCUCCUGAGGUGCUGGAGUCCAGAAUCAAUCUGGAAAACAUCGAGUCUUUCAAACAAGCAGACGUUUACUCCAUGGCUCUGGUGCUGUGGGAGAUCAUCUCCAGAUGCAGCGCAAUCGGAGAGGUGAAGGAGUACAAGCCCCCCUUCGGGAACCUGAGGGAGCACCCAUGUGUGGAGAGCAUGAAGGACAGCGUCCUCCGAGACAGAGGAAGACCCGAGAUCCCCAACAGCUGGACGAGCCACGCAGGCAUCCAGAUGGUGUGCGGCUCUAUAGAGGAGUGCUGGGACCACGACCCGGAGGCCCGGCUCACCGCGCACUGCAUCGCCGAGCGCUUCGACGACGUGGAGUACCUGGACAAGCUGUCAGACUGCUCCGACUCGGAGGAGAAGAUGCUGGAGGAGAUCAUUCUGGUGGACGAGAAGUAACCGCUCGACAGAAGCGCUGCCCCCACCAGGGUGACUGAGGCAUUACAACCAAGCGGCUUAGAAAGGAAGGACUUUCAAUGGAUGGAGUUGUUCAGUCCACAGGACGUGUGACAAAGGAGACAAACUGGAAGAUGACAGUGAUUUUUUUCAUUUUGUUUUGUUUUUUUUUUUACCAGAGAAAUCAUCAAGAUCAAAUCAGGAACAAACACGGGAGAUCAAACUAUGCAUCAGUUUUAACCAAGUACUAUUUGCACUUUAUGAAUAAGAAUUUAUACAGUAUAUAUGCACACCAAAGUGGAGAGCAGUUUCAGUUUCACAGAAAAUUUUCAGGUAUGGAAAAUAAACGGAGCUGCACACAGAAGGGAGCUAUGUAAAUUACAGAGGAAUUUAAUACACUAAUAUACAGCUUAUUUUGUAUUCAAGUGCCUGUAUUGUUUUUUAUGUUUUAUUUCUGGCUUUAGAUGAAUGUCUUGACCAAAGAUGCCAGGUGGAUAUAGGCGUAUAAGAAAACUGAUCAUCUAUGCAGAGAUGUAAUGUGCAAGGAUGGUUAUUAUAUCUGCAAGGACUGUAAGCUGUUUAACAUGCAUGAGGAGGAGAGGAGGAUGCAACUCUGUGCAAAACUCCUGACUCACUCUCAUCUCCUUCUGUUCAUAACCUGCUUUCAAACAAACUCUCUCCUUUCGUUUCAGAAGGUUAACUUCUUAUUCCAGUUUGACUUAAUUGGGCCUUUCAUUCAGCUGCAGAUAAAAGGCAUCAAACUCACAAUGUACGAACCAGUUUUAGCUGCUUGAAACUGGUUGCAUCUUUUAUGUUUAUUUUAUGCAGCAAGAAGUGGCGAGGUGAGCGUCUGUGAAAGCAUUUCUGCAUCAGAGUGAUGUUUUCUAGAGGAACGUUUAGUCAAAACAUGGAGGCAAAACGAGACUUUACAAUUAGAUGAGGAAACUGGACAGCUAAAACUAAUGAACUACGAGGAUCUCUGCCUGGUAAAGAUGUGUAAAAGUCUUAAAGUGUGCUUUACUUGUCUUACUGCUCUUUGCUGCAGUUGUCUAACAGGAAGCUUUAUUUACCCCUAAAGUCUGGAUUCACACGUUGAAGUCUUUACCUCAACUGUAACAUCCACACACCCUUUGAGGUGAACAUAGUCUGAUUUCACUAUGCACAGUUAUGACAAAUUGUAUUAAAAUCAAUUCUUUGACUCUAAACCCACAAUAUAAGGUCAAAUUUUUCUGAAAGUUUCAGUGUGAGAUCAUGUUGGUAAAACAACAACAAUAAUAAUAAUAAUAGAAAUAUGCUUUACACAACUUUGUUAGUGGGGCCAAAAAGGAGGAGCAUUGAAUCUACAGCAGAUUAUCAGUAUCUGAAAGAGAAUAUCCUUUUAAAUUGGAAGUUCUGAGAAAAAGUGUCGUCCUAUGUUGUACCAAAGAAAUCAAAUUUUAAAAAAUGCAUAUUUGGGUAUGUCUAUAGUAUUUAUUGUAAAAAAAACCAAAAAAUUCCUAAAUAUUUCUAAUCUAAAAAUAUAAAUUAUUAGAAUAUAAAUAGGACACAAUAUGAAGGAACUUGUCAUUGAUGUCCUGAGGAGAAAGCUUUAGGUUAAAAGAGGCAUGUUGGCGUAAGAGUUGUUCAGGAGUUUUCACAGAUUUCACUAUAUUCAUGUUUGUAUUUGUGUGUUUCUUCUUCAGAGGACUGUAAUGUCAGAUUAUUAGGUCUGUUUAUUCAGACCACAAAGAAUAAGGAAAGCAAUAUAAUAUGUUGAGGAUGCUCGACUGGAGGAGAAGUCCUCUUUUCUAUAUUUUAUGAAAGCUGAAUAUGUAAGGUGUUUAUGAGCUAAUGUGCCAUUUUUUUCAUACAGAAAAGCAAUGUCUCAGCAAAUCUCCAAAAAUAUUUUGUAUCAAACUUUUGUAUAAAAGUGUAAAGUCAAUAUUAAAAAUGUUUCUAUUGUGUUUUAA